CACACGUGUAUCGAUAGCUUUCCUGUUGGCUUCUGUUUCUGACGGCCCCCCAGUCUCCAGAGUUCAUUUCUAUUGGUACGGUCGCGGAUGAAUACUUGCGAGCGACUUCGAUAAGAAAAUAGGUCGGCAUUUUUGUUGAAAAUCCUCCGCUCUGAAGCUAUCCUUUCCAUUGCGUAGCAAAUUCUCUCCAAGCUGCGAAGAAAGCACUGAUGGGAAGCGAUAGGAAGUCCAAGGAGAAGAAGAAGCGAAGGAGUUAUACUUCAGACUCCGAAGAUGGAAAGAAAAACAAGAGGAAGCGAACCGCGGAGGAUGAGGAAAAGAACCGGAAGGGAGAAAAGAAAGAGAAACGCAAGGAGAAGAGAUCUCCUAGGGAUUCCAGAGAUAGAUCUGACAAAGGGAAGAAGUCAAAAGAUAAGCACAAAACCAAGCACAGUAAAGCUGAUAGCCAUAUGGAUUUCCAAGAGUUGUCCAAGGAUGAUUACUUUUCUAAGAACAAUGAAUUUGCCACGUGGCUGAAAGAAGAGAAGAGUAUGUUCUUCUCUGAUCUGUCAUCUGAGUCAGCACGUGAGAUGUUCUCGGAUUUUGUCAAAGCUUGGAAUAGAGGAAAGCUUGAAUCCCGUUACUAUGAAGGUAUUGCAAGUGGUCCUCGGACAGCUCACAACUGGAAAAUCAAAGGGUAGCAGAGAAGAGGGACCUGUCACUGGGAUUCAAUCUCUUACCUUAUUGGUUAAAAUACUAGAGUGAAUGUCUUGAAGUGAAUCUAAUGGAGAGAAAAUUACACCUCUUGAGUGGUAGAAAGCUGUCUUUGGAAUUACAGUUCUUUGUUUACUUUAGCUAUCCUUUCCAGCUGCUAGCUAGAAACUUAUGAAGUACAGAUGUCGUAAUUAGUAGAAAUGAAAUAUCUGAAUCAAUCUUUGAGAAUCCUUUGUUUGCUGCGUAGGACAUUGUACUUAGUAGUAGUAUUUCAUGUUAAGUUUUUUUUUUUUUUUUAUAGUAAUAAUAAUGACGAAUUCCUAGGUCACCUGGGUUGGUUAUGAGUUGCGUCGCGAAAGCUUCACGAGGUAGAUCCUUUGCUGCUGGAAAAUGAUAGCAUAUUGAAGCUAUGAUUAUUUUAAGCAAAUUUAGAUGUUCUAAUAUGUACAAGGGAUUGGGAUAAAAGACAAUUGCUGUUGAUUGGAUUAAUUAAAAUUUCUGCAGUGAUUUUUGUUC